AUGUAACCAACAGAAGUACAUUUUAUGCUAUAACUCAAGGAAACUCAAGUAUUAAGUACAUCUCCCAGAAUGAAAACAGAUCGCUUUGUCAGCACACAAGCUGUUGCCAUGAGAUCCAUUCAAAAAGCGAUUAAAAAACAAGACUUGUCUUUUAUUCUUGGUUCCUUUAAUAAUUAUUAAGGGGGAUCAUAGCAAUAAAACGAAAGCUUAUAACUGUUUUAAAUGGAAGAAAAGGAAGUACAUUUAAAAUUAGGAGAGCUCAGGAAAGAAUUUGAUACAUAUCAUACGACGUCGAUUAAUAAGGAAAAGGAGAUAACUCAAUUCAAAGAUCAACUGUUAAAAUUGAACUUGGAAGAAUCAGAGUUAAUAAAUAAUACAUCAGAUUUAACAAAAGAAUUGGAAUGCUCUAAAACUGAUUAUGUGUAAGCCAAACAAAGAUUUGAGGAAAGCCAAAUGAGUGAAAAAUCCUACAACCACAUUAUAAAUAGAUUAAAGCAUGAUGUCCUAUGUUUUAGAAAGAAGUUAAAUGAGAUGGUCGACGUAUUUGAAAAGAAGAAAACUGAAGCCAAUUAAGCCAGUGCAAAAUAAUGGGAAUCAAUACAACUAAAUCAAAUGACUAGAAAGUUAUGUGAUGAAAUGAUGAAUAAUAUUGAAAUUGAAAAGAAUAAUAGACAAAGACAAAUAGCAUAAUACAACAAGCAAAUUAAGGCGUAAUUAAUAGCGAAAGAGAAGAGAGAUGAAAGAAUGAUUAAGUAAAGAGAAAUAGCAGAACAUGCCAGUAAUGAUAAGGAUGCAAGUGAAAAAAAGUGGAGAAAACUGUUGUUAGUACAUAAAGUAGUCCACUCCUUAUUGAAAAAUAAAAUGGAGAAGGAAAUGGAAAAAUUCUAAGUUGUAGAAACAGCAUUCUAAGAAAUUAAGACAGCCACAGGAAUAUCAGAGGCCUAAGAAAUAGUUUAAAAAUUUUUAACCAAAGAAUCUACAUAUGGUUCACUUUUGGGAACUAUUGCAGAGAAUGAAUAGAAAAUAGAACUAUUGAAAAAGGGUAAAGAAGAUCUAAGAAAAAAAUUAUAAUAAUUAAAAGAUAGUUUGUAAAUUAUGGAGAUUGAUGCAAAACCUCCAAAGAAAGGAAUAGAUUCAGAAAUAUAUAAAUAAUUUUAUAGUAUUGAUGAUAGAGCAAAAAAGGCAGAAAUAAUGAAAUAAAAAUUGUAUGUUUGGAGUAUUAAGAUGCUUGGCAAAAUAGAGAAAGCAUCUAUGUAGUUUUUAGAUGAGAGAACAAACUAUUAUCAUAUUUAUCCAAGAGGCAAGGAUGUUGAAUUAUUUGAACAACUUCAAAAGUUAAUCUAUGAAGAUGUAGAUUAAGCUAGGCCUGAAGAAAUAUUAUAAAUAAUUGGGGAAGUUAAUAGGUCAAAUAUUAGAAAUGAUACGUUGAAGGAGGAAUAUCAAAAAAAGAACGUUAGAAUUAAAUAUAAAAAAUUAACUUAAAGAGAAGCUCUUAAAAGGACUAAAUCAAUGGAUUCCAAAGCUGAUUUAAGUAAUAGAAGUUUUAGUUAAUUUGGAUAAUCGAGUGAUUCAAGUGCAGAACAAUCAUAUUAUGAAUCAGAAUCAGAAGGAAAUACUAUAGAUGAAAAUAGUGAGAAGAACCAUUUUAAUUAUUUAAGGGAUGAGGCAAAAUAAGUUAAAAAAACAAAGAAGAAGGAUGAUGGAUCAGAUGGGAAGAAAUGA